AUGGUGCUCGCGGACGAGCAGGCCGUUGGUCAGAUAUGUGCGACAGCAUGCAUCAAGUCUAAUCUCAUCCAGUGCCAGACACUGGUGCGACAGGCGGCUCACGCAGGUGCGAAGGUCCUCUUUUUGCCCGAGGCUUCAGAUUACAUUGCGACAUCAGCAGAAGAGUCUUUGGCGCUCGCUCAGUCCUCAUACUGCUCCCACUUUCUGUCCGCACUGAUGGAUGAUGCAAAGGACAAGGGCCUACACAUCAAUGUCGGCGUUCACGAAGUGGCCUCUGACCGCAGGCUCAAAAAUUCAUUGCUUUGGAUCGACGAUGAAGGCCGUAUCACUCAGAGUUAUCAAAAAAUACAUCUCUUUGACGUUGACAUCAAAGAUGGCCCCAUCCUCAAGGAAAGCAAGAAUGUCGAGCCCGGGCAGAAGAUUGUCCCUCCCUUUGAGACGCCAGUCGGACGUGUCGGUCUUGCCAUAUGUUUUGACUUGCGUUUCCCAGAAAUAGGCCUGGCAUUGCGUCGUCAGGACACCGAAGUAAUUACCUAUCCUUCUGCGUUCACUGUUCCCACCGGGAAAGCCCACUGGGAGUCUCUACUGAGAGCGAGAGCCAUCGAAACUCAGUCUUAUGUGGUGGCAGCUGCACAGGGUGGCCCGCAUAAUGAAAAGAGGCGCAGCUAUGGUCAUUCAAUGGUCAUCAACCCCUGGGGCGAGAUUGUGGGCGAAUUGGGUGACGAGUACGCAGAACCUCAGCUUCUGACGGCUGAUAUUGAUUUGGAUCUUGUCUCCAAGAUCCGGAAGGAAAUGCCCCUGCUGAGGAGGACCGACGUCUACCCGGAGAUUUGA